GUGGCUGUGGCGCCUGUGGCGUUCCAACGGAGUCCCGAUUCAGGUAGUCCUCCGAUUUACCAAUCGGCCCGUUGCACGGGAAAUGAGAAGACAGGGAAAGAGGGAAUUUGAGACCCUGGGAAGAUCUAUGUUAGUUUCUUGAACUCAUCCACUUGUCCUUUUCUCUCUCAUAUUACCCUUCGAAGCAUUUACGUGAAAGGCGAUGCCCACGUUUCAUCGGGCCGUCGCGGCUAUCUCCCGACAGGCACUCUUGAAAGGUGCGCAGCGCAAGGAUGUUAUAUCACGCUUUAUCAGUACUACAUCACUGAAGUCCGCCAUUGCUCAUCCCAUUACCACCCAUGGCCCCCCACCCAGGGUCCCUUCACCUGUGUCUGCUCAUGCGGACCAGCGGCAGAGAGAUGCGGGAUCGCAUCAGAAAGGCGAGACAGGUCCGCAGUCAGGGAAAACAUCCAAUGUGCUCAAGAAGCGUUUCUGGAAGAAUGUUGAUGUAAACCAGAAGCCAGAAGGAGACUAUCAAGUUUUGCUAGACACGCGCCCUAUUCGGACACCCUCGAAAGACGUCUUAUACAUACCACCAACGAAGCCAUAUCUUGCCCAUGCAAUUGCGCUAGAAUGGGACGUCAUGACCACCGCCCAGCAAGCGCUGAAGAAUCAUCUCAUUCCCCUAACCUCUCUUGCCGCCCGUGCGGCAGAUAUUGCCAGAGAAGAUGCUCGCGGCGAGACCAUUACCAGGGAUCAAAUAGUGAAAACUGCGAUGCGUUAUUUGGACACGGACACCCUGCUGUGCUGGGUGCCAGUACAGAAUGCCCAUGCUGCUGGUGAGGCGGAUGGUGAUGGCGAUGGCAAGAGACCGGAAAGCCUCCGGGAAGCUCAGGUUAGGGUUGCUCAAGAUACAAUCGCCUUUUUGAGCACUAAGGUGUGGCCUGGCGUGGAUAUAAAACCUAUACUCGACAGCGAUAGCAUAUUGCCAGUCUCCCAACCUCAGCCUACGAAAGACAUCAUUGAACAGUGGGUCUCGAGUUUACAGGCCUACGACCUGGCUGGACUGGAGCGAGGAGUGCUGGCCGCCAAGAGCUUGUUAAUCGCUGUCCGAUUGGUUUCUGAGUGGAGUGAGAGCUUCCGUCAUGUGCAACGACCAGGGCGGGAGAGAUUUGGCAUUGCGGAGGCUGCAGAAGCAUCCAGUCUGGAAGUCAAGUGGCAGACUGAUAUGUGGGGGGAGGUUGAGGAUACCCAUGAUGUUGACAAGGAGGAUCUGAAGCGACAGUUGGGCAGCGUCAUUGUGGUGGUGAGUGGAGAAACAAGAUGAUGGUCCUGAUGCAUCCAUAAUGUGUUCGGCCCUGAAGACCACUCGAUUUGUACAUUAUAUGCCGUAUAUUCUCUCGUUUUGAUAAACCUAUGAGAAAUCAAUGUACACUAGAAUCUCGAUCUCCGCCUGUU